AUGAGCGUGGAUGCUUUGGGAAGCCCUGUGAUGGACCCUACGUUUUCCAAACGGAACACGGCGCUGAGAUUAGUUGACUUGGCAGGGGCUCACCACCAUCACCAUCAUCACCACCAUACCCCUCAGAGCGUGACAGGCUUCCCGGGGUUUAGCAGCCAUCCACACUCAAUGGCUCACGCACACCCUGGGGAGAUUACUGCGGAACCCCGCCUGGGGCCGAGUCCAUUCGGGCCAGAACACAUGGGGCACUCCGCGGCCCUCAAAAUCAGCCCAGCCCAUCAUUAUCCCCACCACCAUCACCACCACAAUCAUCAUAUGGCAGGCCACACUGAAGUGGUCUCCAGUCAAACGGGAGCUUUUGGCCCGGUGCAGGCGACAACGGUCCCUUAUUCUAUGUCUCACACGGCCCAGGCGUUAUCCGCAGGUAGGGAUUUCCUCAUUCGACGAGAUCUGACAGCUCAAGCCAUGCCAGUACUGACCGACCAGACUCCUGGUUCAGCUUCUCACCACGGAAUGUUUGUCUCAACAACAGGUAGCUAUCCAGGACACUAUGGUCAUCACCCCGACGCUGGGAGCCAUACCCUCUUCUCCGGACUCCAUCACGAACAGCCAUCUAACGGAUCACCGGGUGGCCAAGCCCUGAAUGGACAAAUAAGGUUAGGAAUACCCGGAGAAAUGUACGUUAGGUCCGACCACUUGAGUCAAGUGGCGAGCUCCAGGGCUGACCCGUUCUCCGCCUCGCCUCUGCACGGCUACGGCGGUCUGAAUCUGAACAUGAAUCUCAGCGCUCACCACCACGGAGCCGGCGCCUUCUUCCGCUACAUGCGGCAGCCCAUCAAGCAGGAGCUCAUCUGCAAGUGGCUCGAGCCGGAGCACUCGCCCAAGAAACUUUGCUCCAAAACUUACAGCACCAUGCACGAACUGGUGACGCACGUCACGGUGGAGCACGUCGGCGGACCCGAGCAGGCGAACCACAUCUGCUUUUGGGAAGAGUGUCCGAGGGAAGGGAAGCCCUUUAAAGCCAAGUACAAACUGGUAAAUCACAUUCGGGUGCACACCGGAGAGAAACCGUUUCCGUGUCCGUUCCCCGGCUGCGGGAAAGUGUUCGCGAGAUCCGAGAACCUUAAAAUCCAUAAAAGGACGCACACAGGUGAGAAACCCUUCAAGUGCGAGUUCGACGGAUGUGACCGGCGCUUCGCCAAUAGCAGCGACCGGAAGAAGCACUCGCACGUGCACACCAGCGAUAAGCCUUACAACUGCAAAGUGAGAGGCUGCGAUAAGUCCUACACGCAUCCCAGCUCGCUGAGGAAACACAUGAAGGUGCACUGCAAGUCCCCGCCGCCCAGUUCGGGCUACGAGUCUUCCACCCCGUCCCUGGUGUCGCCGUCGUCGGACCUGGGCCGCGAGCCCGGCGGCCCGCCGCUCGCCGAACCGGUGGCCUCCUCCCAGCCCGCCAACCUGAGCGAAUGGUACGUGUGUCACAGUUCGGGCGCCAGCGGCGCUCACACCCCCCCCAGCGGCUCGUCCACGCCGGAGCCCGCAGACCAGCCCCCGUACCGGAACCCAGAGCCCAGAGACACGUUUUAA